CUCAUGUAUGAGUUUGUUUCCUCUACACUGAUCAAGAUGAAGCUGUGUUUGAUUCUCGUCUGGUCAGUUCUUCUCUCCACAGAGGCUAAAAAUGUACACAAGGACAUCGCGUUAACCCUGUGCUCUGAUACAGAUGGAGAGAAAGAAAAGAUAUUUGGACUGGACGGAGAAGAAAUGUGGCACGCUGACUUCAGUCAGGGGAAAGGAGUGAUGACCCUGCCGCAGUUUGCAGAUCCUUUCUCCUAUGUAGAAGGAACCUAUGAGGCGGCUGUUACUAACAUGGGUUUUUGUAAACAAAACUUGGAAGUUUGUGCAAAAGGCUACAAAUAUCCUGCAGAAGCGAAGGAUGCCCCUCAAAGCUCAAUCUAUACCAAGUACAGUGUGGAGCUGGGUGCUAAAAACACCCUCAUCUGUUACAUCACUGGAUUCUACCCACCUCAUCUCGGAGUGCAGUGGACCAGGAACAACGUCAAUGUGACAGAUAAAGCCAGUCUCAGCAGAUAUUAUCCAACCAGUGAUAGAACCUACAAAGUGGUCUCAGCUCUGAGCUUCACUCCAGAGGAGGACGAUAUCUACACCUGCACUGUGGAGCACACGGCCCUGGACAGACCACUGACCAAAACAUGGGAUGUGCAGGUGGCUCUGCCCAGUGUGGGUCCGUCUGUGUUCUGUGGAGUGGGUCUGGCUGCAGGACUGCUGGGAGUCGCUGUUGGAACUUUCUUCCUCGUUAAAGGAAACAACUGUAACUGAUAAUCUGACUGUCAACAAUACUGAAAACUUGUUACAGAAACUCUUCUGGGUGGUGUUUCUUUUACCAUCCAUUUUGUAAUUUAUCUGUGAACAUAAAUAUUUUAAAGGAUUUCUCCAAGACCAAUUAUAAUUUUUCUGUCUUUUCUUCAUUUAGCUAAAAUUGCUAUUCAUCCAGCUAACUAUGCUGGACAGAAAUAUAGCUUAUCUACUGAACUAACAUUGUCUGGAACCACAGAUAUAUACAGCUGUGUAUCAUCUGCAUAACUAUGAAAAUUGAUGCCAUGCUUCCUAAUAAUCUGACGCAGUGGCAGCAUAUACAAAAAAAAAACAAAAACAACAAAAAAAAAAAAAACAGCAGUGGACCUAGUACAGAGCCUUGUCGUACACCACAGCAAAUAUCAUGCUUAUCUGAUAUAUGUUUACCUAUAUUUAGAAAAUACUGUCUUCCAGUUAAAUAUGUAGAGAACCAGUUUAACCCUGUUCCAUUUAGACCAACCACAUUCUCAAGCCGAUUUAGAAGUGUUCUAUGGUCUACAGUAUCAAAGGCAGCAGUUAAAUCCAGAAUCAUAAGUACUGAAACAUGACCCACAUCAGCAUUUUUUCUCAGAUCAUUCACUACCUUCACUAAAGCAGUUUCAGUGCUGUGAUU